AUGGGAGCAGAGGUGUGCACGUCGCGGCCGAUACAGAAGCUGUAUCUGGACUUCCUGGGCAAAUAUCCACGAUCCCGAAAAAGUAAUGCCUAUAUUCUAAUAGUGUUGGAUCACUUUACUAAGUUUGUGUGGCUCAAAACUAUGCCAAAAGCGACGUCCGCAGCGACAAUAAAGUUCUUGAGGGAGGAACUCUUUAACACGUUUGGAGUACCGGAGAUAGUACACACCGACAACGGGAAACAGUUUACCUCCAAGGAGUUCGAGGAAAUGGUGUCCCAUUUCGGGAUCACACAUACGCGGACAGCAGCCUAUUCACCCCAAGCAAACGCGUCGGAGCGGGUGAAUCAGUCUAUUUUGACGGCGAUAAGAACACAUGUUGGCGAGGAUCACAGCUAG